GCAUUUCAAUAACAACGACGUUUCGUGAUAACAAAAAAAGAAAAAUGUGUGUUGCUGUUAGUUUCUAAAAUAUGAAUUCGGCGAAAAGUCUUCUAACUGUUAUUUGUCUUUCUGCAGUUUAACAGUAACGAGUAAAUGCCGAAACCCACGUUGCGGUGUAACUACAAACGCAAAUCUGUAGACAAUGUCGUCGAGUAACGACGAUGAUGAGUUGGACAUGUUGUCUCCGGCUUUCAAUCCGAUCAAAGCGUUAUACGCCAGCAACGUGAAGACACCAAGUGCAUCGGCUCAAGCGUUGGACAACUUAUCUAAGUUCGAAUUGACGCCUUCGGGAGAAGUUGAAAUCAAGCCACAGAGAUCUAGAAGACAAAAUGAAUACGACGUGGACGAACCCAUUGAACGAGAUCUUAGUAACAUUGCUGGAAGUUCGCAACUCUCUCUGGUCCAACGAAAAAUGAAACCUCGACGCAACAUACUGGUACGCAUGUCGGAAAUUAACAAGUCUCAAGGACCGCUGGCUCGCAUUGCAAACUUCUGCUACCGAAAGCAAAGAGCCAAGGUGUAUACCCGAUCGGCAGCAUCUAUCCGAGGGUACUGCGAAGGGUUCAUAAUUGCUUUCGAUAAACAUUGGAAUCUAGUCAUGGAAGACGUAGUGGAAGUAUGGACGAGGAAAAAUAAAUACAAAUCAAUGGCGAUUGGCGACAUGGUGGAGUUGGAAGACCAGCCACCGACUCACACGGUCGUCAGACGGAUCAAAGGGCGACAGGUGUGCCGGAGAAAUGUGCCCAAACUCAUGAUAAGAGGGGAGCAAAUCGUUUUGGUCACCAAAUGCAAUCGUUACGGUUUGAACGACAAGCUGUGCCUGACCGAUAACGCGUAGUCUGCGGUGGUCGCAUACGACGUCGGGUUAUAAACUUGCAACAACAUUAUGAUAAUACAUAUAAGUAAUAAUGCAUAUUGUGUUAUCGUGAAAUGUAAAUCAAAAUUCAGUAUAAUAUAUAUUAUUAUAUUUAAAUAUUCUAAAA